AAUAGGACAACGGUCAGCCAACACCCUCCGCUCUAAUAGCUUCCCGACCAUCACGUUUCAACCAGUUAACACAAGUUCGACUCCUCCUGUGGCCACUUCCCGCUUGGAAAACUGCCCGACAAUGAACCUUUCCGUUAUCGCCACCAUUGCCGUGUUGAGUCUCGUACUGUCGGGGAUUUGCAACGCCUACGGUCCGGUUAUCUGUGAUUCUUGCAAAACAUAUUCCGCACAUGAAAUGACUUGCGAGUUGAGUAAGAACGGGCCCUGUGGGGAAGUCAUUGGCAAUGGUCCUUCAACCUGUAAGGUAGAGCGUUCAAAAGCUUAUUAUCAAUGUACCAAUCAGGACUGUGGAAGGUGGUACACCCUCAAUCGCGAACACGAUGGGCAAGACCUAGGGUGCGAUCAUGUUAACAAGUGCAAAAUCGACCCUCCUGAAGUGGUUGAGAUGUGCCCUCCCGCUCCACAACCUGUUAACUACCUUGGGAAUGCAGGCAAUAUCCGUAAUCCAAGAUUAGCAAACUAGGCAAACAUCUUGUUCAGUUACAUAGUAGUAGUAGAAUUUGUAGUUCAUGAAUUCAUAGGCCCCUAAGAUUGUUAAAAUCUCUUU